CUCAAUUUAUGUGUGUCAUCCUUGCGCAGAGAGACCAUGCUAGCUAAUUUUCUUUGUAUGGUUUCAAUUUUAUUGGAGGUCCCCAAAGGGACUAAUAUACACUACUAAUGUCUGUGGCCUUUGCAAAUUGAACAAAUAAUUCAUAAAAUUUCACUUUUGCCCUCACCAAGAAACAUUUAUUUGCCAUUCAAUCCAAGCGGGUCCCACCACACUGUAAGUCGGCACAGACAAACACUCAAAAUAUCAAAUGCCCAUUCAAUCAAUCUUUUAUGUGGCUGUAAAUCCUCCACGUGUGGGCUACUAAAUCCUUCGCUCCCCUCUGCCUGCCCAGCUGGAUUAUACAUACAUACAGAUAUAUGCAGUCAACACCACUUAUAUGGUGCUGAGACUGAAAUAAAUAAAAAAAAAAAAAGGAAAAUUUGAAGGGUAUUUAGAGAAAAAUGGGAAUUGUGCAAGAAGUUAAUACCGCCGCCGUGGCGAAGUCCUUCCCGGCGGGGAUGAGCACGGAGGCGAAGUCCUUGCCCGCCCGCGAAGAGGGGCCGCACGGCCGUGUCUGGCUGUGCGAAGUCUGCGAGCUGGCCCCCGCCGCCGCCGCCGCUCUCUGCGCCGUCUGCGACCGCGACGUCCACUCCGCAAACACCCUCGCCGGCCACUACGACCGGGUCCCGGUGGCGCCCUUCCACGGCGCCGUGGCGGAGACGAUCGACGAGUACACACCCCAUUCGUGGAUCGAUGGCCCGCCGGCGGGGAACGGUGGCGAUUUGAAGCCCGUGGAACUGCAAUUCCAGGGUUCCGAUCAGUUUCUGGAUCUCGAUAGCUACCAGAUCCCGUCCCAACCGUACACUGACGGCGUCGUCCCGGUUCAAAAUAUCGUCCGGCCGACCGGCCUCCCGGUCCACGACCACUCGCCGGACAACCAUUUCAUGAUCGAUUUCACAGGACCCAACAUCAACAGCAGCUACAGCGUUUCCUCGUCGUCGAUGAAGGCUGGGGUGGUGCCGGACGGCGGAUUGUUGUUGGAAAUCACAUACCCGUUCGCGCGUAGCGUCAAUUCGAGCGGGUCGCCGGCAGUGAGGACGGACAGGGAGGCUAGGGUUUUGAGGUACAGGGAGAAGAGAAAGAACCGGAAAUUCGAAAAGACAAUCCGGUACGCUUCUCGGAAGGCGUACGCAGAGACCCGACCGAGGGUCAAAGGCCGGUUCGCAAAGAGAACUGAGUCCGAAUCCGAGUCGGAUACGGACGGGAUCUUCGGCGCCGGGACAGCGAGUUUCGUCGCUGGUGCCAAAUACGGCGUCGUUUCGUCCUUCUGACGACUUCGAAAGUUCGGAGUAUAACUCUGGAAAUGGUAUUUUAGUUUCUUUUAUCAUUUUUAGUUUUUGGUGAGUCAUUGUAAUCGGUGUGAAAGCCCUUCCAUUUUUUUCGUUGAGGGCUUUUCCGUAAGUUCCUUACUAGUCAAAUUGUGUGCAGUCUAGCUUUUUGUUUUCAGUUUUUUGCAAUUUGUUUCGCAAAUUCAAGAUGUUGAACCGAGAAUAAAGCUCUUGAAUGAGAAUAAAGCUCUUCAAUAAAAAAUGAGUUGUUCGUGACCUUUACCUCCACUCGACUCGACUUGUUCGAUAAUGCGAAUCGUGCUUAAACUCGUUUAGCUGACAAGACAGUUCGACUCAUUAAAGUUCAAAUAUAAAAAUUUUAUGUAAUUUUUUAUAGUUCAAACUUGUAAAAGUUUUUUUUUUUUUUUCU